AUGAGUUUUUCUUCUUGCAUUAAAUUGCCAUCGUUUAAAACAGAAAAUUCCCCGGAAAAAGAUAUUUCUUCCCGUGGAAACAUGGAUAAUGACAAGCAAACGUAUAAUGAAUUAAUAACAAUUGCUAAUGAGAUAUUUGGACAUGGAAAAUGGAGUCAUGCUGUAACCAGUCAAACAGUUGAUUUUGUAGAAUAUGUCAUGGGAAGAUAUUUAAUUGGGUGCGCAGCAUUUGUAAGAGUUCAAUUACCUGAUGGUACUUUUCACGAAGAAAUGGGAUACAGUAACGCUGAAUCUUCCGUCAAAGGAACUGCUGUUUUUGAAGCUAGAGUUUCUUCGAUAACAAAUGCUCUGAAAAAAUCUCUUCUCUGCUUCGGCGGUAUCAUUGAGACAAAAAUAAAUGAAAAAAUAUCUAGCCAUAAAUCAAAAAUCCAAAAAACUAGCGACAAUAAAUUAUUCCAAAAUGAUCAGAGAGCAAAGACUGAACCAUCAAAAGUGUCAACCAGUAAUUCAGAAAUAUUAGAAUAUGCAAACAGUCCAAAGGAACGAAUGAGAAAAGAAAGUUUGAGGGAAGAAAAAAAAGAUGGCUUGAAAGAACCGAAAAAAGAUGAAGUAAAAGUAAUUAACAGCGUGUCAACAACUACUUCUACAGUACAACUAAUUAAAGCUCCCUCUAAAAGUACAGAAAACACACCACGAACUACAGCUAUGACAGAAGAAGAGUUACGGAUAGAACGUAAACGAAAACAGAAGGAAAAACAAGAGGAGUAUCGUCGGCAAAUGAUGUUAAAAGGUGAAGAAAUUAAAAUAGAUGAUAAAGUACAAAAGGAUCAAUAAAUAAG